AUGGCUACCAAGUUCGACGCGGAGGAUGCCAAGGUCGUGCGGCAUACCGACGAUGAGACUUCCCCUCCCCCAGACUACGGGAGCGUACAGGAGGACAACGCAUAUGUGUACGCCGAUGAUCAAAAGCUGGGUUACACCGCGACUGUAUUCGUCAUCCUCAACAAAAUGAUUGGCACUGGUAUCUUCUCCACCCCAUCCGGUAUUUUCGCCGUCUCUGGCUCAGUUGGUGUCUCGCUCUUUCUCUGGAUUAUCGGGGGCAUCCUGACCUUUUGUGGCCUCUCCGUAUUCCUAGAGUUUGGUCUUGCCAUCCCAAGAUCUGGUGGGGAAAAGAACUAUCUCGAGCGGGUGUACCGUCACCCAAAGUACGUUGCAACGUGCGUUCUAGCAGCACAGAUGCUGUUGCUCGGCUUCUCGUCUGGAAAUUCGCUCGCCUUCGGUCGCUACGUGCUCUUCGCUUCGGGAUCAACUGCCCCUGAUGGGUGGGCAGCGCGGGGUAUCGGCAUUGCUUGCGUUACCUUCUCUGUUGGCCUGCAUGCCACAUUCCCCAAAUGGGGCAUCAGGCUGUUCAACGUCCUCGGCGUUUUCAAAGUCUUCAUCCUCCUCUUCAUCGUCUUCUCCGGCUUCGCGGCCAUCGGAGGCCAUUUAAAGAUCGACAAACCCAACAACUUCGACAACGCCUUUAAACUCGAGGUCGGAGACGGCUACGGUGGCGGUGGCGCCUAUCAGUACUGCCAGGCUCUACUUCGCAUAAUUUAUUCGUACAAAGGUUGGGAAAAUGCAAAUUAUGUUCUUAGUGAGGUCAGGAACCCCAAGAAGACGCUAUCAUGGUCUGCGCCCCUCGCCAUCGGAGGCACAACGAUCCUUUAUGUCCUUGCGAAUGUAGCUUACUUCGCCGCGAUUCCUAAGUCCGAACUUGCGAAAAGCGAAGUCAUUGUUGCGGGUCUCUUCUUCCGCAACGUCUUUGGUAACAGCGCUGGAGCACGAAGUCUGCCUGCUUUCGUCGCCCUCAGCAACUUGGGCAACGUGCUGGCUGUCAGCUUUGCACAUGCCCGCCUGAAUCAGGAAUUUGCAAAGGAAGGCCUCCUGCCCUGGAGCCGGUUCUGGGCAUCGAACAAGCCCUUCAAUGCUCCCGCAACGGCGCUCUUCCUGCAUUGGCUGAUUACUGUCAUUGUUCUUGUGGCUCCUCCCGCUGGACCAGCGUAUAACUUCAUCACCGAUCUUUACACGUAUCCUGGAGCCUGGAUCAACGCCUUCGUUACUGCCGGUCUCAUCUACCUACAUUACGCAAAGAGUGAGCGCUGGGAGUCCCCAUGGCACACGUACCUUCCCAUCGCGGUCGUCUACCUGCUUGCCAACAUCUUCCUAGCUCUUGUUCCCUUUGUUCCUCCGGAUGGUUCCUGGAACGCUGAAGGCUACCCGUACUACAUCUUCCCCGUGGUUGGUGUGGGCGUUUUGCUGCUCGGUGUGCUCUACUGGGUCUGCUGGACAAAGAUCUGGCCCAAGUUUGGCGGCUACAAGAUCGUUAGCCAGAGGUAUGAAGAUGCGGAGGGUAUUGAGCAUGUUCGGUAUGUCAAGGUGUAUACGAAGCAUGAGUAA